AUGCCAGCGUUAGCGUUUGCCGCCGUUGGUGGUCUUGGUGACCAGGCUGUUCAGCUCGACAAUGCACGGUAUGGACUCUAUCUUCACGAACUUGGACAUGUCAUUGGCUUGGCGCACGAGCAGUCUAGAGCAGAUAGGGACAGUGUCCUGAAUGUUAAUUUGGAAAAUGUCCCAGAAUUCAUUUGGGAUUCGUAUAGAAAGUGGGAUCAGGCCGAAAUAAACACCUACGACACGCCAUACGAUCUCCAGUCAGUAAUGCAGUAUGGACCUAUGGCUUUCGCACUUGAUGCCAAUAAGCCAGCAAUCACUGUGAGGGACCCUGCCCUUCAACAUGUCUUGACAGAAGUUAAUUCAAAAGACAUAUCUUUCUGGGAUGCCAGAGCCAUAAAUCAACAUUAUGAAUGUGCAAGUGCCGUGAUUCUGAUGUCAGGUGCCCUAUUUGGCAGAAAGACGGAGAUUGUACAAACAACUUCAAGUACAUGCUGCGUGUUUGCCCCAAGAGCUGUGACUACUGCGCUGAUCCGACGAAGCCUGGAGCGUGUAGAGACGCCUACGUUGCCCCAGCUGAUUGCCUGGACUGGACGAUGGAUGGCGAAUGUUAUGCAAAUCCAGUUUGGAUGA